UGAUGCCAUUUUGCUGCCAAAGACGAGGACUGUGUAUAUUGCUCAAGUCACUGUCAAAUAGAGAGAAGAAUCUUUCCACAUCCUGCUUGCACAGUUUGGCUUAGUCUGGGACUCCUUUACAAAGAAGUAGAUGGUUGAUCUGUGUCUGUUUGCUAGGAGUAUUCUGUGUGUCUGUGCUGCUAAAGCUUACGUUGACAUACUCUUCUACUGUUAUAAAUGGGAGGAAGAGGGGUGGCUUUCAGAGGGACACAUUUUCUUGUGUCUUAUCAGUAUGUUAUGUGGAUAAUGGGUGUCUUAAAGUUGUUGGUUUUCAGAGCCUGGUUGUACGUUGUUUCUUGCUACCCCAGAUAAUAGCGGCGGUUGUAUGUCAUCGGAUGGGAUGUAAAUCGAUCAAGCUUGACAGCAGUUUCCUUCCUAAAUGGAAGACAAAAUUGAUUAAGGAAGGAUUAAUUUAACGUGAGGUAUAAAGUAUUGUUUGAUCUGGUGACGAACCAGCCAUUGGCAGAGGAUGCUGAGGGCUUAUUGAAGUCAAUUGUUGAGGUUUCUCUGCAGCUCUCUGUCCUCUGUCUUUUUGUAAGAAAAAAGUCCAUGCGAACAAAGUUGCACAGCCACUAUUCUAUUAAUUUCACAUCCCUCCAAGUUCAUUGCUACCAUGAGAGGUACACAGCCCAAUGACGAUAGUGAAGGAUGUGGCCUGAUCCAGGAAUCCUUCUAUCCUUUGUCUACCUACCUAACUUGAAAAGCAGAUGUUCAGUCUCCAGCUGGUGCACUUAGGUGACAGAUGCAAGCUUCUCUCUGUUUUGUGCUUGUCUUGGUGCCUCUCAUGUUGUGUCCUCUUUGGCACUGGAAGGCCCGAAGGCCCUUUGGGGUACGGUGUGCUCAGACAGAGUCUGUCCUCUGGAGUCAAGAUACUGGCUGGGACCUCUGGGCACUACUCUAAUAAAAAUAACAGGAACUUGAUAAGGAGCCAGAAGAUCUGUGUUCUGUUCACUGCUCUGGUGGUCACAGUGUGAUGUGGGUGUUUGGGUUUUUUGUUUUUCCUUCUAAGUUUUAUAUAAAACAAGUCUCAGAAGAGGGAGUGUAUGAAUAUUAUUAUUUCUGUUGCCUGUUCCACUGGCUCUGCAUUUGUAUGCUAGCUGAACUGCCCCUUCUUCCUCUUGUCUUGUUUCUCCUUGUUUGAUAAAGGAAGACUGAUAGCUUUCUUCCUUGUGUUUUAAAUCAUCUCUGUAGUGUCUGUCAUCCUCCCCUUUGAGGAAGAAAUCUGAUACUACUCCCUGUAGAAUGUUUUAAAAAUCCUAGGAUGAAAAAAAUCUGCAAAAUAUUAAUGUUCUGCAUUGCUAGAGCAAACACUAUGUUCCUGUGAGUCACAGAUGUCAGGUUUGUUUAAUCUUAAUAAAUCUAUGCCACAGUAACACUUUUAAACAGGAAGAGAGAUGGAGGGAUGAAGGAAGAGUUGUGCUGGGGUUGAGAGGAUUCUUAGCCAAAAUUUUGUUUAGUGGGGGGCUGGGGGUGAGGAGGGCAUGGACACAAACCCAAACACUUCCCACCCACCCCCCACUCCAUUAAGUAAACUUUGAGACCUACAUUUUGGGCACUGCCUUUCUAGUACGUAUUUCAUUUUCUUUGUAUGUUUUAUGAUAGAUUGUCUUUCCAUGUUUGAGUCUUAAGAGUACUAGUUUCCCACAGCAUAUUUGCAGGAGAUGAAGUAAGGCUUUUUACAUAGCACCCUGUUGGCAAACAGAAAUAGCGUUUACUCCAGUGAGCGCUGCCAAGUAUGAGGUACUUCCGAAUGAACUUCAAAAGCUCUGAAACAAGCAUUAGCUGCUGCUUCAAAAAUGUGAACAAUGCCAUUGCUUUCUAGCAAGCAGAACUGGUGAGAGCGGGGAUCGGAAGGAGGAGAAAUAACAACUGAUGUGAUGGAUGUUGUAGUAGCACUUGGGAUCAGACAGAAAGUAUAGCUCUCUGUCACCGCUGGAUUUGGGGGGUUCCUGUUGUAAUAGUACCUAAAGUGUGUACUCUCCGCUUGAGGAGGAAACAAUUCCUACCCUGAGGAAUGUACGAUCUACGGAGACUUAGCGGAGCGCUUGGGAAGGAGCAGUCGUACAAGCCCAAGCUGUUGGGAGUGCUGAUGGGAGUGAGUCGUGCUGAUUCCAAGCCUGUUCCACCAAGUGAGAAGAGUGAUGACCAUCCUUUUCCUUACUAUGGUUAUCUCAUACUUCAGUUGCAUGAAAGCUGCCCCGAUGAAAGAAGCUAGUGUAAGAGGACAAGGCAGCUUGGCUUACCCAGGUCUUCGGACCCACGGGACUCUUGAGAGCCUAAACGGGCCCAAUGCUGGUUCAAGAGGACUGACAUCGCUGGCGGACACUUUUGAACAUGUCAUAGAGGAGCUUCUGGAUGAGGACCAGGACAUCCAGCCCAGCGAGGAAAACAAGGAUGCAGACUUGUACACAUCCCGAGUCAUGCUAAGCAGUCAAGUGCCUUUGGAACCCCCGCUGCUCUUUCUGCUCGAGGAGUACAAAAACUACUUGGAUGCUGCAAACAUGUCCAUGAGGGUCCGGCGCCACUCUGACCCAGCUCGCCGCGGGGAACUGAGCGUAUGUGACAGCACGAGCGAGUGGGUGACGGCGGCGGAGAAAAAGACUGCAGUGGACAUGUCCGGGGCGACCGUCACAGUCCUGGAAAAAGUCCCAGUACCCAAAGGCCAACUGAAGCAAUACUUCUAUGAGACCAAAUGCAACCCCAAGGGGUACACAAAGGAGGGCUGCAGGGGCAUAGACAAGAGGCACUGGAACUCCCAGUGCCGAACUACCCAGUCUUACGUGAGAGCUCUCACCAUGGAUAAUAAAAAGAGAGUUGGCUGGCGCUUUAUAAGGAUAGACACUUCCUGUGUAUGUACAUUAACCAUUAAAAGGGGAAGAUAGUGGAUUUGUGUUGUAUAGAUUAUAUUGAGACAAAAUUAUCUAUUUGUAUAUAUACAUAACAGGGUAAAUUAUUCGGUAAAAAUAAUUUUAUGGACUGCAUGUAUAACUGAAGUUUAUACAGUACAGUGGUUCCACAAUCUAUUUAUUGAACAUAUCCAUGACCUGAAGGGGAACAAAAGUCAUUUGCGCACAAGUUGGAAAAAAAAAAAAAAAAAACCACCAAA